GCAAACACACACACGGCGCCUUAUCAGUAGCAAAAAACCAGCUGAUCGUAUAGCAAAUACAUACACACAUAAGUAUUAUUAAAUUUUGUACAACGAAAAUGUCGCGUAAAAAUGCAAUCAAUUUAAUGCAAGUCAUUGUGAACAAAUCCUGCAGCUGUCCAGCACACUCGCAUGGCUACAGCUCUGGCACUGGACAAGCGGCUGCGGCGGCCAGCCAAACGGGCCAAAUGGAAUACGCUUUUGAGAUGUCAUCGUCUACGAUACGUUUCGGUCCAGGCGUUUCAGCCGAACUUGGCGCUGAUCUACGCAACUGGGGUGCAAAGUCUGUUUGUUUGGUUACCGACGUGAAUGUCGCCAAAUUAUCCAGCGUACGUACAGCUUUCGAUUCGCUCAGCCGCUAUGGCAUACAAUAUGAAAUUUAUGAUCGGACACGCGUUGAACCGACCGACGCCAGCUUAUGGGAUGCGGCGACCUUCGCAAGGGGAAAACAAUUUGAUGCGUUUGUGGCGAUAGGUGGUGGUUCCGUAAUUGACACUUGCAAAGCAGCCAAUUUAUUCGCUUGUGAUCGAGAGGCAGAAUUUUUGGAUUAUGUGAACAAACCGAUCGGUAGGGGUAAGGAGAUAAAUGUCGCAUUGAAACCGAUGAUCGCGCUGCCGACUACUUCAGGCACCGGUUCAGAGACUACCGGUGUGGCUAUUUUCGAUUAUAAGAAGUUGCAUGCGAAAACAGGAAUUUCUAGCAAGUUGUUAAAACCCAAAUUAGCCAUCAUCGAUCCACUGCACACGCUCACUCAACCGGAGCGUGUCACUGCAUUUUGUGGUUUUGACGUUUUCUGUCAUGCACUCGAAAGUUUCACUGCCGUAGAUUAUCGCGAACGUGGUCUCUCACCUGCUGAUCCUAGCUUACGGCCACCCUACCAAGGACGCAAUCCCAUUUCCGAUGUGUGGGCACGUUUUGCACUCCAAAUAAUACGUGAGCACUUUAUUAAUGCCAUUUACCAAGCCGACAAUGUGGAAGCACGCUCGCGCAUGCAUUUGGCGUCUUCUAUGGCUGGUGUUGGCUUCGGCAAUGCUGGUGUACACCUUUGUCAUGGCUUAUCAUAUCCAAUAUCCGGCAAUGUACGCCAGUAUCGACCUGCAGGUUAUGCCAAUACACACCCGAUUGUGCCACAUGGUUUGUCGGUGGUUAUAAGCGCACCAGCCGUAUUCCAGUUUACGGCGCCCGCAUGCCCCGAACGUCAUUUGGAAGCGGCACAAAUACUUGGCGCCGACACAAGCAAUGCCAAACUUGUCGACGCAGGGCGUAUAUUGGCCGACACAGUGCGCACUUUUAUGCAACGCGCUGGCAUUGAAAAUGGUCUAAAGGCGUUGGGAUUCAAUAGCGGCGAUAUACCAGCAUUGGUGGAAGGCACUUUGCCACAGGAGCGCAUAACCAAAUUAGCACCGAGAGCGCAAAGUCGCGAGGACUUGGCGGAACUGUUUGAGAACUCCAUGGAAGUGUACUAAAAAUGAAAUGUACUCACUUGAAAUUUUGAUGUGAAAUUCGGUUUGAAAUACGAAAUGGUUAUUAUAUUGAUUC